AUGAAAUCCGGUACAUACGAAAGUGGUGAAAAAACGAAUCUGGGCGAAGCAGAUUUCCGAGAAGUGGAACCCUGGCAAACCCCGAUUGUGGUAAAGAGUUCCAACAUUCCGACUCCCGAAAAAUUUGUAAUGGGUGACGACUUCCAGGUCUGGGAAUCUCAGGUACGGCGAUACAUCAAGCGGGUCCCCAUCAAUAUGAGAUGA